AUGUGCCUGGUGUUGCUGUGCGACGUGGAGCAGCGAGUGCUGCGGAGUUACACGGCCCCAGGAAGCUGCCCCUACUGCGGCGGCAAGGUCGUGGCCACCGACGUGGAGAGCGCCUGCAGCUUCUGCUUCCUCCCCCUCUGCUUCAGGACCAAGCGGAAGUUCAUCUGCACCCUCUGCCGCCGUCGCUUGGUCUCCCAUCGAGCUUCCUCGACUGCCACCACCUUCUACGCUUGAACAUCUC